CCGGGAUGGGCCCUACGACCACGAUGUCAGACACAACAUCAUCGCAAGAAACCUCCACCACCAAGUCAAGUGAAUCAUCGACUUCGGACGGGACGACCAAACCCAUGACGAGCCCUAAGACAACGAUGUCAGACACAUCCACAUCACAAGAAACCACCACCUCCAAGUCAACAGAAUCAUCGACUACGGAAUCGACUACCAAGCCCGGGAUGGGCCCUACGACAACGAUGUCAGACACAACAUUAUCGCAAGAAACCUCCACCACCAGUAAGUAA